CUCCGUUUUUCUGACCCUCGUAUUGUAUCUGCCCUGUGUACUGGUUAUGUGUAUGUAGGCUACAGGAAGCACCUUUUACUUAGUUUCAAUCUUGGUAUCUGUUGACAGAAAAGAGAGAAACAAACACAGUCAAGACUAGAUUCUGGUGGUAGGCUGCACAAGAAGGUCGACCAUGGUUGAAAAGGGCAUCCUGGGUUGUUUCAUCUUGUGUCUGUCUCUGACCUCAGUAUGCGCUGUCAGAGGAACCCUUAGUUCAAUAAAGGACCUCAAGGGAAUAGAGUUUGGUCACACCUUUCCUCGACACGGCCUCAUGCUGCUCCACUGGCUAGCCAACAACAUUUACAUUGACAACAACGGCAACAUGAGACUCAAUUUCAACCCAACCAGGGGAGACUAUGGCUUUCAUUUCUAUGGAAACAGACCACCUUCAUUACCUAUUCUGCAUCCUGAAAGCGGAAGUUACUACUCACUAGGGAAUAUGAACAGUAAUGGCUCAUGGGCACUUCCUGAUUAUGUAACUCAAAGAUUCUACAACUCAAGGGGACCUGAGAACAACAGGGACAGGGUCAUACUCAGAGUUAGGGAGGAUGGGUCCAAUCAGUUCAUAGUAGACGAGGUCUAUGUCACACAGCACUAUCAACAAAAUGAAAACAGAGGAAGUGCCUAUGAUCCAGCCAAUACAUACCGUGUCAAUGUCAGCCUCCUUAGACAAAUCCAACGUCUCGCAACCAUUGACCAAAAUGACAUUCCACGUAUAUAUAAUGUAGAGAUCAACCACAACAGUCUGCAAGACCUGGAAAACAUUUGGGGACAUACACCUGGUAUGGCACUUCUUCUGGCUAUUGUAUUGUCCUUAACACUUCCCAAACUCAAAGGCCGUUGUGCGCGGGCAGUUGAAACCCAAAGUGUCAUGGAGGAUAAGGAUAAUACAUUGAUUAAGCUUGAGGUGAAAACCACAGAUAGAGGAAAAGCCAGGAUCAUCUGGAGUGGGAUCCCCAAGAGGCUAUUAGACCAGCGUGUAAUGGUGGUUCUUCAUAGGGACAAUAACAGUGACAGUAAGAGCGAGCUGGACAGAUCGUCAGUCGGGGGCAAAGCCUCUGGAAGCUAUAACACCUCAGUACCCCUUAACCCUGGUCUCCAGGUCCGGCUCCAUAAGGAGGUAAAAAAAUGGUGGAAUUACUUUUGGUUUGGGUCCACUAUCGGAGAGGAGAUCUGGAGAGGUUCUGAGUUUCACGAUGCCAACAGAGAGAUUCCUGUUGAUAUUAAUGGACAUGACGCCAGUCUGCAGCUCUUCGUAAAGGAUGGAAAGGCCUGCGCUCGUCUGUAUGUAAAGAAAUCCUUCACUGCCUGGAAGAAAACGUUUCAUAACUCCUGGGUUGGGUUCUACUCUUCCCUUAACAAAUCCAUGCUCAACUAUAAUACCUGGAAAUGGGCAGUGUCUUUUUCUAAGGAAAUACGAUCAGAUUUGGAGGAUGUACCUGAGCAUGAUGUCUAUGUGUAUUACUCCAGUAUGGUUAUGUCUCCUGGUGUCCAGGCCAGAUUCAUGCUGCAGAGAAGAUCCAGUGAAGUAGCCCGUACUCUGCCCUGGGAGAGAGUUGAGCUCAGCGCGACCAGACCAUAUCACAGAGAGCUUUAGAGAUGAGCUGUUAUUACUGUUUUUACUGUUAUUACUGUUUUUUUACUGUUAUUGAGUUAUUUAGGUUACUUAUCCACUCCAAAUACAUUUGUAUCACUUUCCAGUAACUCAUAAGACUCUUGACAGAAUAUUGAUGAGGUAAAGUGUAUUUUGAAUGAGUUAUGAUAGGAUUUAGCUUUGGCCGGGCCAUCCAAUCCCAGCCCACUACACCGUCCUUCCUCCCUCUCCUUUCUCCCUUCACACCUGGAGUAUGUGUUGUUCUACUGAGAACAGAAGUCGUUCCCUCCAAUAUGAUCGGACUCUUAAUUACGUUAUUUAGCUGACAUGUCCCAUGUCCAUGCUACAUGAUUCAGACCCCAUGACGCUGAAAUGUCAGUGUGAGCUUAUUUCCGUCCCCCACCUCCCUUUUGAAUGACCAGUGUAGUGUAGUGCAGUGCAGCAUGUGUGCUUGUUUCUGUGUGUGUGUAAGAGAGAGAUAGAGAGAGAUUACCCUGUACUUUUAAUUACCCAUCAUAAUUCAUGGAUCUAUUAACCAUGGGCCUACAGUAUUAACCUCUGGUGGGUUUGGUGUGGUAAUCCAGAGUUUGUGUUGAUUGAACCAGUGUUUGCCUAGUGGGUAGUUUGUGUUGGGAUGGUCACAGGUAGAUCUGUAACAAUCGCAGAUAGAGAGACAGAGCUGAAAAAGGAAUCAGCCAUGACUAACCAGUGACCAGCCAGUCCUGGAGCUUUACAUGUUGACCAGACCGGACAUGUUGUGUGCGCGAGGGUUGCAAAAUAAAUGUACACAUACAUAUUAUUCAGUCAUUGCACUCACACUGCUUGUGGGCGUCAGCGAGCAUCUGCGUGGCCAGGCGCUAAAAUAGAAAUCGGUUCUAUUUGUGAUGCUCAACACGCUGCAAGUCCGGCCUCUCCCAUCUCCUCAUAGGUUUUUAGAAGCAUAUACCCACGUGGGUGAUUGAAAGAUUCAUUUAGGUCCACACUCCGGUAGGUUGUAGUAAUGCUGUAAAGUUGGUUGCCAACCGCCAUAUUAAGUCAAAAAUAAUAAUAAGAAGCCUGAGGAAGGAGGAGAGAUGACGAGAUAAAACGGUAAACCGAAUUCCUAUCUGUGGAUUAAUUGUGGGUGUAGAGGACCUUGUGCAUUUCAGGUAAAAUAAGAACCCAAUGUUUAUAUCCCAGGACAAAUUAGCUUUCAACAGCAAGCUAGCUAGCUAAAUUGUCAUAAAUGUUUAAUGAUUUUUGACCUCUCCCCAAAUUCAUAUAAUUGGUUCAGAGUCUGUUUUGAUAUUUCAACCUGAUCGCUUCUGGUGUGGGUAAACAAAAUCAACGUGCGUAUGAUGGCACACGGUCGCUCGCGUGUGUCCGGUUUGGUCAGCAUGUUAGUAUGAUGUAGCAACUGAUUUAGACAAACCAAAAUAAUUCACUCUCAGACCAAUCAGGGGCAUAAAUGGGUCAGUUAAGUGCCAGUCAAAGGACAAUCAGCAGAUACUGUGGCUCCCAGGAACCCAUGGUGCACACCUCUGGUCUAGCCACAGCUCUGUGAUGUACUGCCCUCUAUUGGUCAUUAUAAAGCAUUAUAUUUAUCACGCAUAGCCAACAUGGAGGACAACUCAUGGCUGAGUUUCAUUUCAGUAGAGUUGUUCUCGUCCUUCUACGCUAAAUACCUUGCCCUGAACAGUUGGUAGCUUGUUGCUUAGGAGCAGAAGAACGUUGCCAUAACUUUUCCUGAAACAUAAAGUCUUGUCUCCCAGGGUGAAGGCAGUGGAGGGAAUCAACACUGUACGCAAUUUCAACAGUGUGAUUUUCCUGUUUCUAAGCAACAAGUUAAACAUAUCUUUGUAUUUAUGAAAGGUACAGUUUGUGUUUGUUUAUUAGUCAUGCAUCUACUAACAUUUUCAUUUAGGUUAUUUUACACAAUGGGUUAGAAUACAUUUAUAUACUAAAUACACAUUUUGUUUAAUAUAGGUAGAAUGAAUAAGGUUAUAAUGACCGGAAAAUGUGAUAAGGGUAGAAAGAAGAAACCUACUUUUUGGAAUGAAACUCAGCCCUGAGCCCUCCUUCAUGUGAGAGAAACACAGUACAUUCUACGAUUUAGGAGGGCAUGUAACAACGGUUAAUGUAAUAGAGUUUCUAUGUAAUAAAAUAUAAUUUGCCGGAUAACCUGGUUAAAUGUUGAACGGUUAACGUAUGAACUUUUCCACUAAAUGUAAUACGUUAUUACGUUACCCACUGGUUAUUACGUAUUCAGGCAAAUACAUAUAUUUUUUAAGAAUAACAAUAAUAACUUCAACCAGUCUUGUAAUAACAUACUGUUAUGGAUGUUUGUGCUUUUCUAAUAACCAAUUUCUGAGUUCAUGCAAGUGACUGACUGAAUGUAUACCUGGGAAGAAUCCUCACUAUCAGUAGAGCAAUUUGGCAGUACGCCCAGAACCUUGUUUUGAGAACAAAGGGAUAUCUCAGAUUCAAGGUCUCAGCUUGGAGAGAAGAAGCCUUGUGAGGUAUUGGUCUGUCACAUGCAUGAACUAAACGUUAAUGAGGAAUUAAUUAUGAAUUAUCUAAAUCAUGCAACUAUAACUUGCCUGUGUAAGCAGUAUGUAAGAGAACUAAUGAGACUGCCCCAGCGGAGCUCACUUCAGACUGGUACUUUAUGCAUCUAAGUUUGACCUCCCCAGCUUGCUGUUAAUAAACUAUUUAUUUAUUUAUUUACUUUUCUGCUCUUUUGCACACCAAUGUGCGAAACAGCCUGUACAUGACCAUCUGAUCAUUUAUCACUCCAGUGUUAAUCUGCAAAAUUGUAAUUAUUCGCCU